CUCCAGUCUCCAGCACAACUGUCCAAGGCAACUCCGGGGGAGGGGAACGAAACGCAUCCGGCGGAGCUACCAUGGCGUCGUCGCCGCAGCAAGGCCAAGGCCAGGCCCAAGGCGGCGGCGGCGGCGGCGUCUGCCCGGCGGAGCAGUUCUGGUCGCUGCUGGACAAGGCGGACCGGCGGUUCGCCCGGGUGCGGGACCUGCCCCUCUUCGGCCGCCAGGAGCCCGCGGAGUACGGCAAGGCCUUCCGCAUCUACACCCAGCUUUGGCGCAUGCAGCAGGAGCACCGCCACCGCCUCCUCGACGCCGGCCUCCGCCGCUGGCAGGUCGGCGAGAUCGCCGCCCGCAUCGCCCACCUCUACUACUCCCAGUACCAGCGCGCCUCCGACACCGCCCUCCUCUCCGAGGCCUUCGUCUUCUACCACGCCGUCCUCGACCGCGCCUACUUCCUCGACGACCACCUCGGGGCCUCCACCAAGCACCUGCGCUUCCUCGCCAGGUUCCUCCUCGUCGCGCUUAUCCUCUCCCGCCGCGCGCAGACUGUGCCCCGCCUCGCCGGCCAAAUCCGGUCGCUCCUCGACGAAUCCAAGAAGACCCUCCAGGAAGCUGAUUACAGGGAGUGGAAGCAUGUCGUGCAAGAAAUCACGAGGUUUCUAAAGGCUGACUCGCCCUUCAUGAACAAGAGACCUCUCAGGUACAGCUAUGCAUUCGAUCCUCCCCCGGAAACUCUUCCGACCAUCCCACCUACAGUCAAAAAGCGCGGUCUGCUCUUAAGCGAUGCCAUCCUGUGCAGCUACUAUCAUAACGAGGUCAAAUUUACCGACCUCACUCUAGACACAUUCAGAAUGCUUCAGUGUCUUGAAUGGGAACCAUGUGGCUCCUUUGCACAAAACAAUGGUUACAGCGCCCAUGAUGAAAGUGGGCAAAAUCACCCCAAUCUCCUGAAAGAUCUGAGAGACGCUGCGUUGCCCCCGAACCCACUGAAAACAGUUCUCUAUCGCCCCUCGGUGCCACAUUUCCUGAAGGUCCUUGCCACCAAAUGUGAGGAGCUCCCAUUGAAUACUAUGAUGUUGAUAUACCUUUCGGCUGCAGGCGAGGUGGGAUCCUCUGGACUUGGUCCCGAUACAAGCGAGAGGGUUGUGAACAGCUUUAGUCAGUUUGACAUAUCUAAUACCAGGGCCGUCACUUCAAAGGAAGAUAAAGAACCAUGUCUUUGGUUAGGUUGCCGUGAAGGUGAAGGCUCAAACUGCAUAUACCCUUGUGAUAUGAUCCCGUUUACAAGGAGACCUCUCUUUCUGGUGAUUGACAGUAACAUCAGCUAUGCAUUUAAGUCAAUUCAUGGGGCUGAAAAAGGGGAGACAGCUGCCAUGUUACUUUCUCCAAGCUCCCGAUCUUGCGCUGUAGGAUUCAGUGGGGACUCUACUCGGCAGAGUGGUAGUCAAUUUACUAUGUUCCUCACAGCUCCAGUGCAAGCUUUCUGCUUUCUGAUCGGCAAUAAUGGGCUGGACAUUAUUGACAACGAUUAUAACAAAGCCGAGGAGCUACUAUCCUUGUCAUUGAAUGAAUGGGCUAUGACUUUGGUUGCUUCGUCUUCACUUGACCCUGUCUGGGUUGAAGUUUUAGGCGAUCCACUCCUGAGGCGACUGCUUCUCAGGUUUAUCUUCUGCCGAGCCACGCUUUCGCUGUUCAAAGCGAGCAACGAUAAGGCGGAAUGCUUGCCAAGCUGUGUGCCUCCAUUGCCGGAAUCGGUUGGGGGAGAAAGCAUGCUGUCGCAAUGUUGUGUGAUGCGAGUGGCAUCUUUCUUGGGCGCCGCUGACCAAUUCUCGUUCGCCGAGGUUACUACAUGGCCUGACAUUGAUGAGCCCACCAGCAGUGGAGGUGUCGACAAAGAGUUAUGAGGAGAAGAUCCAUCGACCGUAUCAUGGACCCAUUUCUCCUCGAUGCCGCUCUUGAGAUUUCUUCCUCCUGAACUGCUAGUAACAGUUGUUGAUUUGUGAGCUCCCGUGGUACAAAGCGAAAGUUAUAUAGCACAAUUCACCCCAGUGUGACAUUAGUGAAAUUUGACUAGAGAAUAAACUCGAGUACUUGAUUGAUCUUGUAAAAUCGAAUGGUGAGAGCUGCGACUGAAUUUUGACAUCGCGAGCAAAAUUAUCGAA